CUUUAUAAUAAAAACAGCAGAAACACACUAAACUAUGCAAACCCAUCUCCCAAAGACUUCUGCAUGAUCCAUAUAUAUAAACGAAGCUUUCGACGAUUGUAACAACAACAACAACACUUUCUCGGCCAUGAAGCUCUUCCACCGACUCCGGAAAAUCCUCAUGAGGCUAAUGCACACUCUCCCAUCCUCCUCCGGCCGCCGGAGCUGCCGGAAAAAACACGGAGGCUCCGGCGUCGGUGGAGGAGGAGGAGAGAGAUUGGAGCCGCCGAAGAUGUCGUGUAGUUCGUAUUACUCGUCUCAUUCUCACUACAGUGAAGCCAUUGCGGAUUGCAUAGAGUUCUUCAAUAAAUCUUCUGCUCAUCAGUCUCGUGAUGAAGAUCGCGAAGAAGAUCAUCAGGUUGUUCAUGAUCAUGACUGUUGUUAUGUGUAG